AUGCGUUUAUUGCUCCUGUUUCAUACUUUACGACUUGUGGCCGCCUUUACGUGCACCACAGACGAAGACUGCAGCCUAACAGGCGUCUGUUCAAUAACCAAACAAUGCAUCUGUGACCCUGGCUGGCGCGCGGCCGACUGCAGCGAGCUCGACCUGCAGCCCGUCGACCGAAAUACCGGCUACAACCAUACCAACAUCACCCUGCCGGACUUCUACCGCGACGGCGCUGGCAAUUCCUCCUGGGGCGGACAUAUCGUCCACGACCGACAUGACCCUACGCUCUUCCAUCUCAUCGUCUCUCAGAUAGACCGAGGCUGCGGACUCUCCGGCUGGCGGCCAUUCAGCACCAUUAUCCGCGCGGAGUCGCGUACCGGCCCACGAGGACCCUACACCUUCGCCCAGGAGCUCUUCGGCACAUUCCACCACAACCCAACCGUGAUCUGGAGUCCAGCCGACAAACUGUACCUGAUGCACUUUAUCGGACUCGACUGGGAGCCCCCGACAACCUGCCGCUCAAUCAAGCGCAACAACAGCAUUUCCGUCUCGACCUCGCGGGACCUUCGCGUCUGGAGCGAGCCCGUCGAGCUUUUGAUCAAUGUCACCAAUCCCGCAGCCUGGCCGCUGUGGUCCCCACACGACCACACAAGCGAGAUCCUCCUCGCCACGGAAAAGAACAACAUCUAUGCCGCUUCCAGCUACAAGGGACCGUAUUCCCUCCGAGUAGAGCCGGGGUUUACAGAGAUCGACCCCUCCCUGCGCAGCGAGGACCCCUUCCUCUGGCGGGAUAGGCGCGGACAUUGGCAUUUUCUCGUGCACCAUAUGGUCGAUAUCGCUUUAGGGCAAAAGGGCCCACGUGUGGGCGCGCAUGUGUUUGCCAGGGACUGGCACGGUCCGUGGCAUUACAACAACAUCACGCUGGCAUAUAAUACCACGGUGGAGUUUACCGAUGGGAGCAGGGUGGAUUACUAUCGGAGGGAACGGCCGAAGCUGUUCUUCAGUGAGGAUGGCGAGAUGACGCCCUUGUAUUUGGUGAAUGGGGUGCAGGAAUCUGGGAGUAAGGCGAGUUAUACGUUGAUUCAGCCAAUUGGGAGGAAGUGGAGGGAGUAUGAGCUGCAGUACGCUCAAGUCAAAGCAAGUGGAUAG